AUGGCCACGCCCAUGAAGAGGGUAUUUGACACCUACGCCGACCGCAAGGGCGUAUGCGUGACCACCUUGCGAUUCCUCCUCAACGGCGAGCGUGUCGGUUGCGAUGAUACCCCCGCGUCACUGCAGCUCGGACACCACGAUCGGAUCGAUUGCUUACGGGAGCAGCCCGGGCCACAGUAUUGGCCUUUUCCACGUACCGCGACGACUGCUGAUGCAUGUGAGAGCCAAGGCGUACCCGGUAUAUCUUUAACUACACAAUCGCUAGUCGAAACCUUUUUGUUCCUCCCGUGA